AUGCAAAUUCUUUUUUUAUUUUAUUUUAUUUUUUUCCUAUUAGAUAAGACUAUUGAGAAAGGAAUAAAUAAUAACAAUGUGACCGUUCACAAGGAUGAUGAAGAUUUUUUGCUUCUAAACAAGGCUAAGAUUACUGCUGUGACAUAUUCAAAUGCUAAAAAAAUAGAAAAGAGUAUACUACAUAAAGUUUUAGAAAAUGAGGGUAAGGAGAAGAAAAGGCAGAAUAGUUAUGUUUUAUUAGACGAACGGGUGGAUGCGUACGAGAUGUUAAAUAUUCGAUGCAUAUUUAAAAUUCGAGAAAAUUUUGAUAAAACAAAGUUGAUCAUUCUGUUAGUGAAGCAGCUAGAGGAAAAAUAUAAUCACAAAAAGGAUAUGCAUUAUGGGUGCAAUGAUAAUGUGGAAGAUUUAAAAAAAGAUGAAACAUUUGUGUUUAAAAAUGAGUUCGAAGGCAAUUUAGUUAUUUCGAAAGUUUCAUUACUGUUUGUUAAUUUGAUAGCUUUUAAUGGAUACUACAACUUUGAUAUUUUAAUAACAGAUGGGGCUAAUUCUGUAAAAAUAAGCUUCUUCAAAAUGUAUUUGCACUUUCAUAAUCACAUACCUAUAGUGAAAUUUCCCCUUCGAGAAAAAGAAAACAGAAUAAUUCGGAAUAUUAUGAAAAGACAUUUAUGCAGACGCGAUAAAAUGUUUAAUUAUAAAUAUGUGAUUUACAAAUCCAGGGAUUAUUAUCCCCUUCCUGUAUUUCAGGAAAAUAACAUAAUUUAUAGAAACAGUAAUGAAGGGGAUGGGAUAAAUCCAAUUAUACCCAUAAUAUAUGUUACAUUGUUAUUAGUCUUUUUUUUAAUAUAUGUAUAUUUUAUUUUUAUCCAUUUGAAGAUAAACAUGAAAAACAUUAAUAUAAGCUAUUAUAACUAUGCUUUUUUAUUUUCCUUUACACUUCUUAUGUUCUUGUUUAUUUUGUAUGAUUUAUUUUUUAAUAUUCUACAUAUGCUUUAUAUCUUCCCCCUCGUAUUUUUUCCCUUUUUAGUAUUUUUUUACAAAUCAUUGAAUAUUUUGCGUGCGUUUAGAAAGUGUCCUUCGCACGCAGGAAAAUCUUCCACAGAGUGA